AUGUCUGUAGGCCUGAACUAUGUAGUUGUGUCUCAAGAAGCAUGUGGGAUGGUGGCUUGCUGGGACUCCUUCUCACAAUUCCGGUUUGCUGAGGAGAAAGAGUGGGAUGGUGAAACUUCAUGUCCAAAACAGAAUUCAGCAUUUUAUGUGGACUGUGAAUCACUGGUUCGAGCCCUUCAAGAACUGCCUCUUUCACUCCGACUCAAUGUUGCUGCUGAAUUGGUCCAGACUACUCUGCCUUUAGAGCUUCCUCAGGUGAAACCAACGAGAAAUGAUGAAGGCAAGGGACGAGGGAUGCAGUUAAAAGGGCCCCGAGGAAAGGGGUCCGUUUCUGAGCUGAAGUCUGCCAGCAGCCCUGUGUACCUCCAUCAGGACAGCCCAAGACCGGGUCCUUCACAGGGGUCUCAGAAACCCGCUUCCCCACUGCAGCCGGCAGCAGACCACCUGGAAGAAGAACUAGAUCUGCUGCUUAGUUUAGAUGCACCUAUAAAAGAGGGAGGUAACGUCUCGCCAGACCAGACAUCUCAGAGCCUGGAAUCUGAGAAAGAUGGCAGUGUGGCUCAAGAAGAAACAGUUCCUGCAAACCCAUCUGUGACAGAAGAAAAAAUUGUAGAAGCUGAGCAACUAAGUACAUCUAAAAACAUUACUGAGGAAGAGCUUGAAGACUGGCUGGACAGCAUGAUUUCCUAACAAAAAAGAGACGCAAUGAGAGAGAAAAUGAAAAAAGUACCUGAAGCAAAUUUUGGUUGCCUUGUAAGUAAGGGUGGGCCCAUGGCUGUCCUUCAGGAGCAAGGCGGUUUACGAGCGCACCCCAAGCCAGGGCGCCCUGGCGGCCUCUGCAAUCAGUGCCUGCCUCUAUAUUUAGCAGCUUCUGAAACAAUACCUGUAAGAGGCUCCUUGCAUUUAUUCUUGGGUUUGGUAAUCUGAUUCCUUAAGGGCAGGUGAUGUUGUCUCCUUGUUUCCAGCCUCCUUCCUCUGUGUUUACAGCAUAGCAGGUAUUGCUGAGAAUAGACACAAGGCAUGCAUUUGGCCAAAAUAAACAAACGCUGGUCUAUGGA